CAGACUGUAGUGACUCAACGCCAGUGACUGACUGACUCUCGAGCAGCGACUGUUCACUUUACCAGCAUGAUAUCUAUGCGGAUUACAGCCUAAAUCUAAUCAAACACAUCACUUAAUAUUAACGCGGGGUUUAGGAUCACGUUUGUAAUGGAGCAACAUCGACUUUACGUACUAUGUUUAGGAACAUUUGUCAUUUUUACGGUGGUGAUGGAUCGAUGCGGAGUCGGUGCAAUGCAUUCUUUACAUAACCCGUUUCGAAUCAAUCAGCUGUGUAAGUUUUGUGACGAGGAACCAUCCACCUGCAAUGGUACAGACAUCUGUGAAAGCAAGUGCAUCAUCACGUCUAUCUGUGAUCAGCCGAAUGAGAUCUGUGUGGCUAUCUGGAGGAAGCGAGAAGGCAAUAACUCUAUUGAAACAGUGUGUCAUGACCCCUCUGAACCCCUGCAUGGCAUCAUGUUGGAGGGCUACAACACCAGCAAGUGUGAGAUGAAGAAGAAGAUGUCAAACAGCGGCCCCAUCCACAUCUGCUCCUGCAGCGAGGAAGAGUGCAAUGACAUCCUGGUGUUCACAACCCUAGACCCCCCAGACCCCACAAAUAACCAGGUUGUGUUGGUGAUCCUCGUAAGCUUACUGCCUCUCCUGCUUCUGGCUGUGCUGGUCAUCGCCUCCUUCUACUGCUAUCGUAUCUACCGCCGUCGCAAACUUGACCAGUGGGAGACCAAAAAGCCGUCUAAACGCAAAGGCCCGAAAAGCCCUCUAGACUGCAGCGAAGCUUGCGCCAUCAUGAUGGACGACGACCGUUCGGACAGCAGCUCUACUCACGCUAACAACCUCAACCAUAAUACCGAACCUCUGCCCAUUGAGUUGGACGUGCAGGUGGGCAAGGGCCGAUUCGCAGAGGUCUACAAAGCCAAGCUCAGGCAGAAUCCCUCUGAACAGUUUGAGACAGUAGCUGUAAAGAUUUUCCCCUAUGAAGAGUAUGCGUCCUGGAAGAACGAAAAGGACAUCUUCUCUGACAUCGAUCUGAAGCAUGAGAACAUUCUGCACUUCUUGACGGCCGAGGAGAGGAAAGUGGAGAAACAGUAUUGGCUGAUCACCGCCUAUCACCCACGCGGGAACCUGCAGGAAUACCUCACACACCAUCUUGUCAGCUGGGAGGACCUGCGACUGCUUGGGGCCUCGUUGGCACAGGGCGUCGCUCACUUACACAGUGACCACACCCCUUGCGGGAGACCCAAAGUGCCCAUCGUUCACAGAGAUCUAAAGAGCUCCAACAUCCUGGUGAAGAAUGACCUCACUUGUUGUCUGUGUGACUUUGGGCUUGGUCUUCGCCUGGACAACUCGCUGUCUGUGGAUGACUUGGCCAACAGUGGACAGGUGGGUACAGCCAGGUACAUGGCCCCAGAAGUUCUGGAAUCAAGGAUCAACCUGGAGAACAUCGAGUCCUUCAAGCAAACUGACGUCUACUCUAUGGCCCUGGUACUGUGGGAGAUAACCUCAAGGUGUAAUGCCAUCGGAGAGGUGAAGGAUUACGAACCUCCGUUCGGCUCUAAAGUCAGAGAGCACCCCUGUGUGGAGAGCAUGAAGGACAACGUGUUGCGCGACAGGGGGCGGCCGGAGAUCCCCAAUAGCUGGAUGAAGCACCAGGGAGUGGCUAUGGUGUGCGCCACCAUCAAUGAGUGCUGGGACCACGACCCGGAGGCCCGACUCACUGCACACUGCGUGGCCGAGCGCUUCAACGAGAUAGAGGACGACCUAGACAAGGUGUCCACCUGUAGCAGCUCAGAGGAGAAGAUUCCCGAAGAUUGUGCCGUGAGCGUGAGCGACGACAAAUGAGAAAGAGAAGAGCAUUUGGAGAUUCCAGUAGUGGCCACCACCUGUCCACUGAUUUAUUUUCCUUUAUCUUUUAAGAAGAACAGCUGAAAGUGAAUGUGUGGAUUAUACAGUGAGGUGGAAUAUGAUAAAGCUUUACGUUUCAUAACCAAAGUCAUGCACUUUAUCAGAGUUCAUAUGCAUAGCUCACACUGAGGAGGAAGGUCAGGCUGCCGAGCAAGAGGAGCUGGACAGACACUAGUGUUCUCCUCUUAUGGCCGACCAGGAGCCAAAUAUAAUCAAGGAAAGGUUUUGCCUCAACACUAACCAUCCAUAGGAGAUUGUAAGAUUGUAUUUUUGCAGGAGUUUUAUGGAAGAAUGUGUGUUUUUGUGAAAAGAGUGUGCAUAAAUGAGUGUGAAUGUGUGUGUGGUGUUGCUUUUACCAAAAAGUUUAUUAUUACACUUUGUAAGCCAAAGAGAAUAAUUGUAUUGUAAAUAAUUUUAUCGGAAAUCAACCCACACUAUUAAAAGAGCCAAAAAAGGGGAGAAUUUCUAAGUAUAACAAAUGUGUAACAAUCAGUAUUUUGAAACUCACAAAGUGCCUCUAUAUGUGUACACAUAUCCUGAAUAUAAAAAGUAUUGUGCCUCUUUUUUUAUACUACUUUGUGUAAUAUAUUGUAAAUCUUUAAUGAUUGAAAUACAUGUACAGUAUUGACACUAACAAUUGUUUUAUAUUUUGUAUAUCUUUCUAUACAUUACAGCAUGCAUGUUGUGUAUUUUGAGUGUUUUAUAUGUAGAUUAUAAAUUAGCACACUGUCGAACUGUGUUUUGGCAUUGCUUGGGAAAUCUGUGAAAUUCCUUUAUAAACAAUAUAUAAAAAAUGAUUGACAACCGGA